GAAGGAAAAGACGAUGGCAUCUUCUUCUCCGUCUCCAACUUUCAUGGCGAUCCUCCUCUGGACCCUGUGUGCCUUAUGGCUGGGACCUAGGCAUACUCUUGCAAGCACUAGGCACUACCUGUUCAGUGUUAGGCUGAAAAAUAUGACUCGAUUGUGCCAUACUAGGCAAGUGGUGACGGUGAAUGGGAUGGUGCCUGGCCCUAAGAUCGUGGCUCGAGAGGGUGACCAAGUUGUGAUCAAGGUGGUGAACCAUGUGCCCAACAAUGUGACCAUUCACUGGCAUGGCGUAAGGCAACUUCAAAGCGGAUGGGCAGAUGGGCCUGCAUACGUGACACAGUGCCCCAUUCAAACUGGCCAAACCUAUGUUUAUAAUUUCACCAUUACAGGGCAAAGAGGCACCUUACUUUGGCAUGCCCAUGCAACUUGGCUUAGGUCCACUAUCUAUGGACCCAUUGUUAUUUUGCCUAAGAGAGGCGUCCCAUAUCCAUUUCCUGAGCCCCAUGAGGAGAUCCCAAUUAUCUUUGGGGAAUGGUUUAAUGUGGACCCUGAGGCGGUUCUUGCCCAGGCCUUGCAAACGGGUGGUGGCCCAAAUGUAUCUGAUUCUUAUACUAUCAAUGGCCAUCCUGGUCCCCUUUACAAUUGCUCAGCUAAAGACACAUUCAAGCUCAAAGUGGAGCGUGGCAAAACCUACCUGCUGCGCCUCAUCAGCGCUGCCCUCAACGACGAGCUCUUCUUCUCCAUUGCCAACCACUCCCUCACUGUCGUUGAGGCUGACGCCAUCUAUGUCAAGCCCUUCACCACCGACAUCGUCCUCAUAACCCCAGGCCAAACCACCAACGUCCUCCUCACAGCUAAGCCCAAUCCCCCGAAAACCACAUUCGUCAUGGCCGCCCGUCCCUAUGUUACAGGUCAAGGAAGCUUCGACAACUCCACCACUACCGGAAUCCUCGAAUACCACAGUCCCUCUCUCGGCAACUCUUCCCCCUCAAUAACUAAGCUCCCCCUCCUCCUCCCUACUCUUCCUGCCCUAAAUGAUACCAACUUUGCUGCUAAUUUUAGUCGAAGGUUUCGCAGUCUGGCUUCGAAGCAGUUUCCUGCAAAUGUACCACAGACAGUAGACCGGAAAUUCUUGUUUACUGUAGGGCUUGGGACGAACCCGUGCCCCAAUAACCAGACCUGUCAGGGGCCCAAUGGCUCCAUGUUCACGGCCUCCAUCAAUAAUGUUUCAUUCUCAAUGCCCACAACUGCCAUGCUCCAGGCUCACUUCUUCGGGCAGUCUGCCGGAGUUUACACUACAGAUUUUCCAGAGAACCCACCGAUUCCUUUUAAUUACACGGGCGCUCCGCCUAAUAACACGCUUGUGAUGAGUGGAACAAAGGUGGAAGUGCUGCGCUUCAACACGAGCGUAGAACUCGUGUUGCAGGAUACUGGAAUCCUUGGAGCUGAGAGCCAUCCUCUGCAUCUUCAUGGCUUCAACUUCUUUAUUGUGGGACAAGGCUUUGGGAACUAUGAUCCCUCAAAAGACCCUGCAAAGUUUAAUUUGGUGGAUCCUAUGGAGAGGAACACCGCAGGGGUGCCGAGUGGUGGUUGGUUGGCUCUGCGUUUCCUUGCUGAUAAUCCUGGUGUGUGGCUCAUGCAUUGUCACUUGGAAGUGCACACAAGCUGGGGCCUAAAGAUGGCUUGGCUGGUAUCGGACGGCACGCUCCCCAACCAGAAGCUUCCUCCUCCACCGUCCGAUCUCCCCAAGUGUUGAUCGCGGACCGCGUUCAGUCAUUUAUGAGAUGCUUCCUUCUUAACUUAUUCCUUCUUCCCAAUUUUCCUUCAAUUCCUGCAUCCUUUUUUCCGUGGAGAAGAAGGAAUGCAACUCGGACCUCGCCCUUGAUAAAUUUUUUGGUGUCCAAUAUUUUGCUUAUAUGAAUUUGUAAUAAUUAUUGCUAAUUUUAUAAAUUUUUCUCCACUCAA